AUGGGAGACCGUACGCGGGCUGCUGCCAUAUCUCUGGUAGCCGUCUGGGCAGCUUUACUGACAUGUAUGAACAUCGCUGCCGCCGCCGCUGUCAGCGGCGUGGCGAGUGAUUCCCCGACGUCAUGCUCGCCCAAAACCGUUACUGAGACCGCCUAUCUCUCUUCGACUAUCCAAGUGAAGUCCGGGAGCUCGUGCGACUCGCUUACUUCCGAUUGCGGUAUCUCAGCCGCGGACUUCUUGACGUACAACCCUGACUCGAAGCUGUGCUCGACUCUGAUGCCCGGCCAGUAUGUCUGCUGCAGUCCCGGAAGUCUUCCCGACCUUACGCCAAAGCCUGAUGCGGACGGCUACUGCCACACCUACACGAUAAUGGCAAACGAUUCCUGCUCGGCUAUUGCUAGUGCUAACAGCCUCGCUAGCGAUGACAUCGAGAAGUUCAACGCGAAGACGUGGGGAUGGAGCGGCUGCGACAGGCUCUAUGCCGACACUAUCAUAUGCGUUAGCGACGGACACCCUCCGAUGCCCGCUAUCCUACCUAACGCGGUCUGCGGGCCGCAGGUGAACGGUACGACGAAGGUGCCGCCGGAAACUGACCUCGCCACUUUGAAUCCCUGCCCCCUGAAGGCGUGUUGCGACACCUGGGGCCAGUGCGGAGUGACAGCCGAGUUUUGCACUCCGUCCAAUUCGAGUACCGGGGCCCCUGGGACGGUCGUUCCCAACGAAAAUGGGUGUAUAUCGAAUUGCGGAACGCAAAUCGUCAGUUCGGAUCCCCCUUGUGAGACGUAUAGCAUCGCCUACUACGAGGCCUUUGGCAAGACACGUCCCUGCUUGCACAUGCCGGUCACGAGCAUCAACGCCUCGACCUACACCCACAUCCACUUCUCCUUCAUCACCUUGAAUGGCGACUUCUCCGUCAACAUCGGCGACUUCGGAGACCAGCUGUCGGCCUUCAAGAACAUGACCGGGGUCAAGAAGGUCGUAUCCAUCGGCGGCUGGGACUUCUCCACGAACCCGAGCACCUACAAGAUAUUCCGCGACGCCACGAACACGCAGUCAGCCCGCCAGACGCUGAUCACGAACGUCGUCAAAUUCCUCGACGACUACGGCCUCGACGGCAUCGACUGGGACUGGGAGUAUCCGGGCGAGCCCGACAUCCCCGGCAUCCCGGCCGGCAACGCGACGGAAGGCGGCGACCUGCUCUCGCUCCUGAAGGAGCUCCGGCAGAAGAUGCCCAAGGAGAAGACCAUCUCCAUCGCCCUCCCGGCCACGUUCUGGUACCUCAAGAACUUCCCCCUCGUGGAGCUAGGCCGCGUCGUCGACUACGUCGUGUACAUGACGUACGACCUGCACACGCAGGGAGACUACGGGGACAAGUGGGCGUCGCCCGGGUGCCCGUCGUUCGAGCAGGGGCUGGGCAACUGCCUGCGGUCGCACGUGAACCUGACGGAGACGAAGACGGCGCUCUCGCUCAUCACGAAGGCGGGCGUGCCGUCGAACAAGGUCGUCGUCGGCGUCAGCAGCUACGGCCGGUCCUUCGUCAUGACCGCGGCGGACUGCUGGACCGAGCAGUGCACCUUCGCGGGGCCCGACGCCGGCGGCUACGCUGGGCCUUGCACCAACACCCCCGGCUACCUCUCCGACUACGAGAUCGGCCAGAUCGUCGACGGCAACCCCAGCGCCCACAAGUACUGGGACGAGAGCUCCCACUCCGACAUCGUCGUCUUCAACGACACGCAGUGGGUCGCCUAUAUGGACGCGAAGACGAAGUCAGACCGGAGGGACAUGUAUCUGGGCCUCGGUUUCCGCGGCACUGCCGACUGGGCGGUUGACCUGCAGUCUGAAUAA